CUGAAAAUGGAAUGGGGAGGAGAGUAUUCUCUUGAUUCUUCCAAUUUAGACUGUUUGUUAGAUGUCCUUCCUGGAGAAUUGGAGUUUCAACAAAUCCUGAGUGAUCUUGAUGAAAAAAUAAAGAAGAACUCUUCUAGCAUAGAACGGUGUCUUAAUGACCUGCAAUCAGAAGUGAAUGAAAUAUGUACCGAGGAAAUACUGCAAAGCACAAAUGACUGUCUUCAGUGGCUAAACAACUGCAGUUUUAGUUCUCUGAGACCUUCUUCCACACACCAUGGAGAGCUGAUGGAGUUUCUUAGGACCCUGCAAAGCUUGCUGAAGAAUGAGCAAAAUCAAGAAGAAAUGAUUCUUCACUUCCUUCUGGAUCUCUCUAGUCAGUGUGGUGUCUCAUUUCCCUGUACUCCAAGUGGGACGUCUUUUGAGCUAACAUCUUCCCUUCAUGCCGUUGAGGAUGAUUCAACUAUGGAUGUGAAAUCUCUCUGGGAUGAUGUGAGAUUGCGUCUUCGACGGUUUUUAGUAAAUAGACUGCAAAGUCAAGAAGAAACAAAUACUAAUGCUUUACAACAACAGGUGGAGUUUAAAACUCAGUGCAUACAGCAACUUUUGUUUCUUUAUCCUGAAUCAGAAGUCUUAAAGAAGUAUCAAAAUAUGCGGAAUAAACUGGUUAGCGAUCUUCUACAGAACUGUAUUUUGUCUAGUUGUGGUGAAACAAAUUUUGAUAAGGUGGUUCAUGGUUACCAAAGUUCCAUACCCACAUUGUGCACAAUGAUAAAAGAGGAUUUGUAUAUAUUAAGUGAAAUUAUUGAUCCUUCUUCAUCACUGAAUUUUAUUAAUGAAACUUAUCUGGAUACCAUCACUGAAGAAAUGACAGUUCUUCUUGAAAGACUUUGUGAGCUGCAGUUCAAAGAAAAUGCUCUACACAGAGUUAAGGCAAACAAGAUUUCAAAGAAGCAUAGAGGAACAGUUCAUGCUGCGGCUUCCCAAGACUACCCCAAAGAAGGAAGAAACUUCUGCUUAACAUCGUAUCAACUCAAAUGUCUUUCUCAACUUAUCAAACUCUUCUUACUAAUGGAAGAAAAAAUUAAAGAGCUCUUGGCAGAAAUUCUUUUGGUGCCUUCAUUUACGGAGAAGAGUAAGGAUGUUCAAGGAGUUCUGAAGAAAGCUAGUGGGGAGCUUUUAAUAGGAGAAACUAGAGCAAAUGAAACCAGUGUGCUUCCUGAACAGUUACUUCAGGUAGAAGAGCCUGUUUUACUGAAUUUUGGCUGGAGAAAUGCAUUUAAAGACCUGUCUUCUUCUGUGGCUCACUGUAUAACAAUAGCAAUCGAGGACUUUUCAGCUAAGAUUCUUCAACAUGAGCAGAAAGAAGAGCUUUCAGCUGCAGGCUAUGCAAUGAGUCUUGUAAACAACCAGCAAAUGAGGGAGUCCUGCGGAGCAGUCCAACAGGAGGAGCAACCGAAACGAAUUGCUAAGUUUUGUUCUGACAUCAUGGAAGAACUUGACACAUUGCUUCCACUGGCUCUGGCAUGCAGAGAUGAUUCUCUUCAGGAAAUUAGAGCAAACUUUGUAGAGGCCUGCAGCAAAGUGGCAACAGCUGUCCUGGCAAGACUGGAGGAGAAAAGCAAAGACGUCCCCUCCAAGGCUCCUCUGCAGGACUUCUAUGCUGCCCUCUCCACAGCAAUAUACGUCUCUCAGCAUCUCACAAUGUAUAGCAAUUUAAUGAGAGAAACGAGCAAAAAACCCCUGUUCGUAGUGCCUGUCCAACAAUAUCAGGAAUUCAUCAACGUUCUCCAGUUCCAAGUUACGGACUACUGCGUCAGAGUUUGUGCUACAAGCAUUUUACAGGAUGCUGAGAGCCACCACUGGGAUGACUACAAAGCGUUUUAUGAGGGGGAAAGAUGCUCAUUCUCUGUCCAGAUGUGGCAUUACUUCUGCUGUGGUCUUCAUCAUGAUCUAUGGACUAUUCUACCUCCCAAGACAGCCCAGGAGAUUCUUACAGAUGUACUAGAGCAAUCUUUGGCUAUGCUGUCCUCCAGAUAUUGUCAGGCUUGCCCCAGUUACAAGAGAACACCACAAAUCAGAAUUGAUAUUGCAGCAAUUUUGAUGUCCACUGAAGAUAUGCUCUGGUCAGUUUGCAGCUCAGUACAGGAGUUUCUGAAUCCACAUGAAGACAGAGAUCUCAAGAUCUAUGAAAUACAUAGUCACUGCAAUAGUCUGCUCUCUGUGCUGGCUAUUUUAACUUCACCACUGAAGAAUUUGUAUGAGACUCCACCAGCCAGAGAAAUGGCAGCCCACGGUCAGCUGAAACUGCUCUUAUCCCAGCCGUACUGUAAUUUGAGCUUGCUUUUGGAAACAUUGCUACAUCAUGAUUGUCUCUUAGUGAAAAUUUUACUGAGAAGUUCAAAGCAGAAUUCUCUCUUGGAACAGAUAAAUAACAAAGAGCCUACUCUGAUUGAAACACUCUUCACAAUAUUGUCUUACUGCACUCUAUCACCCAGAUCUCUUGGCAAUGCUUUUGAGACCUACAUGGAAAAAGAGCAGUUGUGGGGUUGCUUAUACAAUAUGACAGUUUCCAGUUGUGGUGAGUCGGAGCCAGAGGUUAUCAGAUGCUUGAAGUUGACUUUGAUUAAUUCAGUCAAGGGUACAGUGAAGCAGAUAAUUUCUUUGAUGCAUUCAUGGGAGGCAACAGAAAACUAUGGAACAUACCAGCACAAGCAAAUAGUUCCUGGAAGUUUACUGAAAACGGUUCCAAAGGAAUGGAAUUACACUCCUCGAGAAAUGAAGAGAAAAGAAUCUGGGAAGUGCUUCACAAGGCUUGCAGCUCAGGCAGUAUCUAUUGUAAUCAGCAAGUUACCUACAGUGAUUGCAUGUUUGCCUCCCCCAAUUAAGUACUUCUUUUUUCUGGCUGAGAGAAAAAUGUCAAGAAACUUUGCUGAAUUGAAGAAAGCUGGUCUGCUUGUCUGGAACUUGAUUGUAAUUAUAUGUCGGAUAUUUGAGGAUGGAAAUACUGCAGAACGUUUAACAGGUGCAACACUUGACAGAUGGAGCAAAGAAAAACUCAGUUUAGUUCGUGUGUGCUUGGAAAGUAUUAUGGGAAAACAGAAAAGUGGUCCUAAGCAAGUGACCCAGAAGGUUAUACAAAGCAUUGAACAGCAAAGACCAAACUGGAUUGAAAGCCAGUUGCUGAAGGCAAGAAAAUUGAGCACAGACUGUGCCUCAGUCACAGUAGAAGGUGCAACGUUAGAGGAAGGAGGUAUUGCACUUGGAUUCACUGAGCAGAAAAUAAACAUGAUGGUCCUGGAUAUCUGCCACAAACCAGGUGGCAGCGAGUACCUGAGGCAAAUUUAUCACAUCAUCCGGCUCAAUGAGGAAUAUUUGAAAGAGCAGCUGUCUUGUGAGGAUUCUGCUGGAGACAGUGUUACCUCCGGUCGAUGCCUGCCUUUGACACUGAAGGGCAAAGAAGAGCAGCCUGUCUUCAACCCUUUCCAGGUGUACAGACAGUCUAGUGAAAAAGUGUUCAAUCAGGUUUCCAUUACUGAAUGGAACUGGGAUUGGUCAAAGUUGCUGCCAAGUUAUUUGGGACUGAAUCAGAUGACCUUCAGGGUGCUGCUGGCACACAGGUAA